CCUCCUCCUUUGUUGAAACUUCACCGUGAUAAUUACCAUGCUGUUACAUCUGGCUCCCUUUGUCGUCGUGAGGUCCGGAGUAAUGCUGGUGGGGAGCCUGCUUCUUUUCGCAAGAUUUACCUGCAUUGGUUCCCAGCAUGUCGCCACGGUGACAAACCCCCUUCCCGCAGCAUUCUCGGACCUCUUGCCUCACUUCCUGGUCGAGCCGGAUGAUGUAUACAUAGUGAAGAACAAGCCUGUCACUCUCACCUGCCGCUCUACUCCAGCCACACAGAUAUACUUCAAGUGCAACGGGGAGUGGGUGCAUCAAGACGACCAUCUGAUUGAGCGUACAGUGGACCCUGCCACAGGUCUGCCAGUGAUGCAGGUGAAGAUUGAUAUCUCUAGGCAACAAGUGGAGAAGAUAUUUGGUCUGGAGGACUACUGGUGCCAGUGUGUUGCCUGGAGCAGUACAGGAACUCAGAAGAGCCAAAAGUCGUACGUGCGGAUUGCUUACCUGAGGAAGAAUUUUGAGGAAGAACCACUGGGUAAGGAGGUAGCGCUGGACCAGGAGGUGCUGUUACGCUGCCAGCCUCCAGAGGGCGUCCCCACGGCUGAGGUGGAGUGGCUAAAGAAUGAGGAACUGAUUGAACCCACAAAUGACCCCAAUUACUUCAUCACCGUGGACCACAACCUGAUCAUCAAACAAGCCCGACUGGCAGACACGGGAAACUAUACAUGCGUGGCCAAAAACAUCGUGGCCAGACGCAAGAGCUCAUCAGCCACCGUCACUGUUUUUGUCAACGGCGGCUGGUCCACGUGGACAGGGUGGGCCGCUUGCAGCACCACCUGUGGCCGGGGUUGGCAGAAGAGGAGCCGAAGCUGCACCAACCCCACCCCCCUGAACGGAGGGACCUCCUGCGAGGGGCAGAAUGUCCAGAAAACCAGCUGCACUGCUCUAUGCCCAGUAGAUGGAGGCUGGAGCGAGUGGAGCAAGUGGUCGGCCUGCGGAGCAGACUGCACGAUGUGGAGGAGCCGUGAGUGCAGCCAGCCCAUGCCCGGCACCGGCGGCAAGGACUGCCAGGGCAUAGACCUCCAGUCGCAGAACUGCACCAGUGAGCUCUGUCCGCAGACUGUGUCAGGCCCGGAGGACGUGGCCUUGUAUGUGGGCAUCGUGGCCGUGGCUCUUUGCCUGACGCUGCUGCUGAUCGUGGUGGUCCUGGUUUACCGGCGUAAGAAGGAGGGCCUGGAUGCCGACGUGGCCGACUCCUCCAUACUCACCACUGGCUUCCAGCCAGUGGGCAUCAAACCCACCAAGCCAGAGAACUCCCAUUUGCUUACCAUCCAGCCUGAUCUCACCACCACCACAAGCAGCUAUCAAGGUAGCCUCCGAUCUCGACACGAGGCAGCCAGCAAGUUCUCGGUGACCAACGGCCCUCUUCUAGACCCCCUGCCUAACAGCUCUCACACUCUUCACAACGGCAAACUGCCAUCGGAUCCAGCGGACUUUAUGAAUCGCCUCUCCACUCAGACCUACUUCAAAACCCUGCCCCGCGACACUGCCAGCACCUCCUACGGCACUUUCAACUUCCUUGGAGGGCGACUCACUAUUCCAAACACAGGAAUCAGCUUGCUUAUUCCCCCUGAGGCGAUUCCCAGAGGGAAGAUAUAUGAGAUUUAUCUGACUGUUCAGCGGAAGGAAGAUGUACGAUUACCAUUGGCUGGCUGCCAGACGCUGCUGAGCCCCAUUGUGAGCUGUGGACCGCCAGGCGUGGUGCUAACCCGGCCCGUCAUCCUUAGCAUGAACCACUGCUCGGAUGCUAACCCCGAAAACUGGGCCAUGAGGUUGAAGAAGCAGUCAUAUGAGGGGACUUGGGAGGACGUGCUACAGGUGGGGGAGGAGCUGCCGUCUGACCCUUACUACUGCCAGCUGGAGGCGGAGACGUGCCGCGUCUUCACAGAGCAUCUGGGCCGCUUUGCCCUUGUGGGGGAGUCGCUCAGCAUGGCCGCUGCCAAACGGCUCAAGCUGGUUUUGUUCGCACCUGUCUACUGCACCACACUGGAGUACAGCAUCCGCGUCUACUGCAUGGAUGACACCCAGGACGCGCUGAAGGAGGUGAUGCAAAUGGAGAAGCAGUUGGGUGGCCGGCUGAUUGAUGAGCCCCAGGUCCUCCUCUUCAAAGACAGCUACCACAACCUACGCCUGUCCAUUCACGAUAUGCCCCGAGUCCACUGGAGGAGCAAACUGAUGGCUGGAUAUCAGGAGAUCCCCUUCUACCACAUCUGGAGUGGCUGCCAGCGCAGCCUCCACUGCACCUUCACCCUGGAGCGCCUCAGCCUGAACACGUGUGAGCUCACCUGCCAACUCUGCGUGUGGCAGGUCGAGGGGGAGGGCCAGAGCUUCAGCAUCGACUUGAACAUCGCCAAGGAUAGCCGGUCCCUGGACAGUGAUUUCUUGGUUUUGGACAACAGCGCCCCAGCUCUAGCAGGCCCAAGUGCAUUUCAGAUUCCAUACCUGAUCCGGCAGAAGAUCUGCAGCAGUCUGGAUGCCCCCUGCCCCCACGGAGCUGACUGGAGGCUGUUAGCGCAGAGACUAAAGCUGGAGAGGCACCUCAGUUUCUUUGCAUCUAAAGCCAGCCCCACCUCAGUGAUCCUGGACUUGUGGGAGGCCCAGCACUUCCACAGCGGCACCCUCAACCAGUUGGCUGCUGUCAUGGCUGAGAUUGGGAAACAGGAAGCCAUGAUCUUUCUGGUGACAGACGGCGAGUGCUAGUACAGGAAGUACAACCCAGUCUGGACAACGAGAGGGUGGAGGAUGAGAGAGUGAGUUAAAAGAAAGCACCUGUGUAAAUGAAGGAUAUAUAUACACAAAGGGAUCAUCAGUCCAGUGUGUCCCAGUGUCCUGUUCACAAAUGAACUAAAACCCAAGUUCCAUGCAGUGCCAUCUGGGGUAAUUAUUUUAAUAAGGUGUUGUUUUCAAAGCAAACCAUUUUUUCCAUGACUCACAUUUGAAAGGGAUUUAAAAAAAUCCAGCAGUCCUUUUUUAAGACAGUUUUUAAAGGAGGUUAAUAAGUUUGUUGCAUAUCCGUUCUGCUUUUGACACAAGACUUAGUUAAUGACACAUUGGGGAUGUUUCACAGAUUAUGCAUGUAAAACAUGACUCAGAGAAGCCUUAAAAGAUUAGACUAGUAAGAUGUCCCCUAGUUAACUGAAAAUCUUGAAGAAAAUAUUAUGGGAAACACGUAAGCUUUAUAUCAUUUAUUUUAAUUUAAUGACAAGUCUUCACAGGUAUUCCAAGGCAUAGUUAAAUUCAGAAGGUUCCGUUUUUGUCAGAUUAUACUACUAAUAUUUUAAAUUAUCUAUAUAUUUAAAGGUGACUUUACCAUAAUGUCAAUUACAUAAUUACAUUUAUACUGACCAAUUACAAAUACAUUUUAAAUUACAAAAUAUCUGUGUACAGAACGGAAAUACCUAAUGUUCGUAUUUAUAAAUAUUCCCAUGACAUUUACAUUAUAGCGUAUAUUAAAAUGAUCAGUGAAGCAAAUAAGCAAAUAUGAAGAUAUGAAGCAUCUGUCAAUUAUAAUGAAUCGGUUUAUUAUCAGUAGUAGCAAAAAUAAAGUUAAACUGUCUGUUUUGCAAAAGGAUUUUUUAAUAUAUAUUUUUUUAGUUUUUUGGUAUAUAUAGUGAACAAAUUAUGUGCAGUGAUAAAAGAAAAUAAUGUACAAUAUAUACAAUAUGACAGUAAACGGUGGUUUGAUGCUGUGUUUGAUGUUUUUCCGUCAUCCAUCAAAAGGUACGUGCAUUGAUCCUUAGACAGAAAAUAAAUUGCACCUUUGGGCUUCAAAAAGGUCUGUGAAACACCCCCACUCUGAAUAGAAAAGCUUUACCCAGUGGCAUUUCACACGUCAGCAAUGUUUUUUUGUUUUUUUUUUAAGAAUGACAUCAUAUGAAGGUUUCCUUAUGUUAGAAAUGGUUAAACGUGCACUUCAGACAAUGAUUGGAAUUUUGUAUUAUUUCAAAAACAUUUCUUUUUUUAUUACUUCUUGGGCACAUCAGUUGUAAAACUCAUUAAGGCCUAUUAUACUUUUAGGUCCACUCUUUUUAUGAGGACAUUUGUACCAAAAUGAAUUUAUACAAUUUUAAUUAUUUAUUGAGUGUGGUUGCUUUCAGAAUUCAAAUACUAGCCCUUUUGUUUUCUUGCAGUAUAUUAUAAAAGAUUCUGAAACAAAAAUAUUCUGCGCCUUUCAACCUGCUGUAGCAACCCAUUUUAACAUCGAAACGCUGUUAUCAAAUGCAUUGUUUGCUUUUCUAUAUAUUUUAUUUGUUUUCUAAAUGUAGCUUUUGGACUUUAAGGUAUCUAGUACACUUUUUCAAGUGCAAAUAUCAAUUUAUGAAUAUAAAAUUCUUUUUGAUUGCAUAAUUUCUGCAGGGACAAGAUGUAUUACCCAAGAACACGGCCAAAAGGAAGGGGGGGGGGGGGGGGGUUCAGAUUCUUGCUCUAUCCUUUCUUAUCAAUAAUUCAUAGUGAGACCCAGCCUGAAAUAAACAAAAGAAAACAAAGAUAAUUUCUGUGAAGAAUCACUGGUGCAUUAUAUUUCUUUGAUUUCAUCACCUAAUUAAAUAUAUAUCUCAAAUUAGUAGCAGAAUAUAUUCUGAACACAAGGCCAGACUGUUUUAUUUCGGAUGUGGAGCCUUUAUGAACAGAGCUGCUAACGGGAAAUGGAGACAAAUAAAGCAGGCAGUCUUUAUGACACUGAUGACACGUCAGUGGCAGGUAGAAUGGCUGAUCAAUUGCCGUGGGAGGGGCCAUUUCAUGCUGGGGUGGAGCUUGACAUUUACAGCUGCUCGAGAGGCGCUUAUUCCGCCACAGGGGGGAAUGAAGCGGUUUUCUGCACACGUGUCUUAUUUUCUCCUGUAUAUAAACAGCACUUACAUCCACGCCCCUAAGCUUAACCAAGGAGUGUGCAAAGAAUGUUCUGUCCGCAUAAUUUUUACACAACAUAGCUUUGGGUAUCAAGACCAAAUUAUGAUUCAUAGAUGAAAACAUUAUUGAUACUGCUUCAUGUAUCAUUGAUCACGCCCAACCCACCCGGUCUUUUCAACAUCAAUUGACAGAAGGAUUCUUAAGCAUCUUUGUCAGAAGCCAUUUCUAUGUCUAUGUUUGAAAAGCAGUAAUAUCUUUUGCUUUGAACCCAUAGGCUAUAGUAUGGUUUAACAACGUAAAUUGUUUGGUUUAGUGUACAGAUUCAGAAUAUGGGUAAAUGUGUCGAUAUGCACUAUAUGUACUUUUAAACAUUAAAAUACAUCAGCAGGACAUCAUAAAAUAAAGAGUAAAAUAUAUUUCAACAAUCACUAUGUUAAACAUCUGUUAUUAAGUUUUGUGUGUCAGGUCCUUAUGUAACUUAUAUGGUCAUGUCAGUGUUUCAGGAGUUUCUGUGUUGUUUCUGUAUGUGAACUUGAAGAAUUCAGGUGAAAAACUUCAUAUACAUAAGAAACUUUUCUUUGCUACGUUUCUAUAUCUUUUGUUAUUAUCAUUAACAGAGAAGCUCACUGUAUAUUGCAACUCUUGGUUUUGUGCUAAGCAAGGGUGUUGAUUUGGGUUUGCAUGGUAGGGAGUAAGUCCUUCCCACUAUUGUGGGAGUACCGUGUGUUUGGGGGAGGGGCUAAUUUGGUCCCUACCAAUGCUGAAACCAAACCGAGGCCCUCGGAGCUAAACUUCUUUUAAAAAGCCCCAAUUGCAGGGGCAGUAUGACCUGAAAUAAUUUUUAAAAUGAUAUAAUUUGAUAGAAAUUAUAAACAUGUUUAGUGCAAGGCUAAGAUGUUGUGCUACAAAAGGGAAUAUAUUGACUGCUAUUUGGAAAAUGUAUAGCAAUGGCACAUAGAACUGUUGCCUAUUGGAAGUCUGCAUUUUUUUGCCACUCUGGGAUUGAAAGGACUCUUUUUCUGAAGUUCCUAUGCUUAUCGCACUUUAGGUAAAAUUGCAUUGGAAAACAGCCAGAUGACACAGCAAGCGAAAUGUUCCCUUUGUGCAGAUUUUAUUAUCCUUUUGGUUUUUUUCCCAUGGACAAAUGACACAUUUUGUUUCACUGUUCUGUAUAUAUAAUUAUUUCUAUACAAAGUUGGGAACCAAAGUUUUACUAGAUGGCAUUCAUUCAGUGUCAGUGUCAGAGAUAAUUACCCACGAGCUGGUCAAUUAGUAUUUUUCAUUAUUCAUUUAUAAACAGAUCUAAGAAAUUGGAAAUCUACCUAUAUAAUGCUCUGACCAGAUUUUGUUUCCAUAUCAGUGCAUCAGCAGACAGCUCACACACAUCAAUGGAUUUCAGUUUAUCCAUGGAAUUUUAAAGUCAAAUGUCAUGACAGCACUUUCAUAUCAGUCUUUAUACCAGUAAUGUACCGUAAUAAAGUUCUUUGUAAAAGACAUGUAAAUGCUAUUUUAUUAUAGAAAGUUAUAACCAAAAGGAAAAAAAGAAACUGGUACAGUGUUUGUCAAAGCAUAACCUGUGAAGUAUUUGCAUACUGUUCAUUGGAGAUAUACUGCUUUAUCAAUGAUUUCUGCCAUGUUAAGGGUUUACACUGUCCUGAAAAAAUCUUGUGUAUGUAUUUUUGUUUGGUAUUAUGUUGAAUUGCAUAUCUGUUAGCGUGACACAGGAUUUUGACAAUUAUACUAACAGAAAUAGGACAGUAGACCAGAAUACUGCUUCUACCUGGGGAAUUGCUUAAGCCAUAAAGGGAACAUUUUUUUGUAUUCUAUACAUCUAGUAAUACAUGCAUAUAUACACACAAAUACAUACUGCACACACAGAGUAAUAACAGCCUAAAAAAAAAACCUGCUGUCAUACAUUUUUUUGGCUUUCCAGUAAAAACACAAUAAGUUUUCAGAUAUGUACACUACCCAUACUGUAGAAUAUCAUUAAACACACACAGCAAAUCUGGCUAAGCAUUAGAACACUUUUAGUACCUGCUGGUAGCAUUCUUGACAUUCAGUAUAGCUAAACACCCUAAAUAAAGAGAAACUUUCAAGAAAUUAGGAAUCAUACAUUUUAGCCAGUUAAAGUAAAAGCUGACUGACUAUACAUUUCACAACUGCAUUCAAAGUUUUUAUGUAAAGAAUGUGUAUUCCCCCAAUCGAUUUUUAUUUCAAACUGAAAAUAACUGUAUUAGUGAAUGUUUCUUAAAUCAAAAAAUUUCCUUGCCUUUCUGUAAGUCAAAAAUGCUGUACUUAAUACAUGCCACAGCUUAUGCAAUUGUACUAUUUUUUUCUACGUUUACCUUCCUUCUUCUGACAAUGUAAAUUACAUGUCGUAAAAAAGUUUUGUGGAAGUGGAAAAUCUGUCGAAGGAGAUUUUCUGUACUUUUCGGACAAUAUUAUGGAUUUGUGGGUAGAAUUUUGAAAAUUCGUUUCUAAGUGCAUUCAAGAUUUUACUUGGCCUUAUGUAUAUAUAUAUAUAUAUGAAAUUUCAGAAAGGUAUGUAUAGUAAUUCAACCUGAAAUGGAUGUAAAUAAAUUAUAUAUUGUUAAAAAUACGGACUAAAUUUUUGGUCUUAAAAGCAGAUCUAUGACUUUAAAAAGGCCACACAGAAAUGCAAUUUGUAAGACAAAUUCCCAAAUGCCAAACACAUUCACUGUAGUACAAACCACUUCCUCUUAUACCUUGAUACAUACCAACCAACAAUUAAGCUAAACUAUGCUAAAUGUAGCCAUAUUUCUGUUACAAUCAGGAAGUCAGAUGAUUUAAAUAAAAUCAUUUGAAAAUGACAUAACACCAUCUUACAGUACAGCAAAAUAUUAUUGGGUUGCAGAGGAUGGUGACAAUCAUUAAUUAAAAAAUGCUGCAUAGUAAAUUAGUCUCAGUAACCAAUUUAAUCCGUCAUUAUUAAGCAGCUUCUAGCAAUAAUACUGGACAAUCUACCAUAGAAAGUUAAGUGAGACGCUAUCUUAGUGUUUGUAUGUAAGAUCUUCUUUAUGUUGAUAUAAUCUACAUUAUAUAGCUAUA